AUGGCAAAGGCACUAAAGGUUUCUGGGAACACUCGCUCUCAAGCCACUACGGCUACUCUGCCUGUUGUCGGUACUCCAAUUCUCUCUUCAAACUCAAACAGUUCGAAUGCACCAGAAGAGGUGUCCUCCUCGUUUAGUGAUGUCUUCACAUUAGGCAGCUCCACCAGUUCGUUGUCCGUGACGCCACCUUUUGGCAACCUCGCCCCUAUUUUGGAGGAGGGAACCAAGAAGGCCAAGCAACAUCUUAGUCGUUCCCAGGCAGACAUUGAUCUCGAUGCCAUCAUCGAGAAGUUGUUGCAAUCUGCUGGGAGAUCUCCAGGAGUCAGUCCCGUCUUACAAGGCAAACAUUCACCUCGCUCUCGUGAAGAGUUCUUUGUCUCACCAAGAGAAAUAUCAGCCAUCUGUUCAAAGGCCAGAGAGAUCUUUUUGGAUCAACCAAGUUUGUUGAGAUUAAGCGCCCCGGUUAAAGUGGUAGGUGAUUUACAUGGUCAGUUCAACGACUUGUUGAGGAUAAUGAAGCUCAGCGGAUUACCGCCACAGUCAAACUACUUGUUUCUUGGUGACUAUGUCGAUCGUGGUAAACAAUCAUUGGAAACGCUUCUUCUGUUGCUCUGUUUCAAGAUCAAAUACCCAGAGAACUUCUUCAUGUUAAGAGGUAACCACGAAUGUGCAAACAUCACCAAGAUUUAUGGGUUCUAUGACGAAUGCAAAAGAAGAUUGAAUUUGAAAUGUUGGAAGACAUUUGUCGAUGUCUUUAACACUUUACCGAUCGCUGCGCUUAUCUCUGAUAAGAUCUUCUGUAUCCAUGGUGGACUCUCUCCGAACUUGCAUUCCUUGGAACAACUUGAGCACAUACGUAGACCUACCGAUAUACCAGAACAAGGUUUAUUGGCCGAUCUACUCUGGUCUGACCCUGAUCCGACGGUGGCGGAAUGGUCUAAGAGUGACCGUGGUGUUUCCUAUUGCUUUGGUAAAAAAGUGGUUGACAACUUUACAAAGAAGUUCAAAUUGGAUUUGAUCAUCAGAGGCCAUAUGGUUGUGGAGGAUGGUUACGAAUUCUUUGCAAAGAAGAAGUUGGUUACUGUUUUCAGCGCACCGAACUACUGUGGUGAAUUUAACAAUUGGGGAGCUGUGAUGAGCGUCGACAGCAAGCUAUUGUGCUCGUUUGAACUUUUGAAACCGCAUAAGAAACCUUGA